AUGAACCAUUUGAUAUUGAAUCUGAUGUUUGCUGCGAUGAAUUUAGCAUGUGUGGUCAAUGGUCAACUUUCAGGUGGCUUGCGUAUAAUAUCGGGUUCGACUGCGAAUCAAGGACGACUGGAAAUCUACCGGUAUGGUGAAUGGGGAACAGUUUGUGAUAAUCACUUUGAUAAUAUUGAUGCAGAAGUAGCCUGUAGACAACUCGGAUUUUGUUCAGGAAUCAUGCAGCCCGCACAUAUGAUAGAUGAUGGUAAAGGAGCCAUUUGGUUAAAUGAAGUAAAUUGCACAGGUGCUGAAAGUACAUUAUUGCAGUGUGCAUACAAUACCUAUUCAUUGCACUGUAGUCAUCAUGAAGAUGUCGGUAUCCAUUGUUUUCUCAGCUGUUCAACAGAAGAUGAAGGUGACUUGCGUAUUACUGAGGGUUUUGCUGAGAAUCAAGGACGACUAGAGAUUAAAUACAAAGGUGAAUGGGGAACAGUAUGCGAUAAUCAGUUUGAGAAUGUUGAUGCAGAAGUAGCAUGCAGACAACUCGGAUAUUGUUCAGGUUUGAAGAUUUCUGCACAUAAAGUAGAAGAUGGAAUAGGUACAAUUUGGUUGAAUAACGUAAAUUGCUCAGGUUCAGAAAAUGAACUACUGAAUUGUACCUUGGAUACAGAUGCAUCAAACUGUCGUCACUACAGAGAUGUUGGAAUUCAUUGUUUUCUGAACUGUUCCACAAAAGAUGAAGGUAGCUUGCGUAUUUCUGAAGGUUUCGCUGUGAAUCAAGGACGACUAGAAAUCAAAUACAAAGGUGAAUGGGGAACAAUAUGUGAUAAUCAAUUUGAUAAUGUUGAUGCAGAAGUAGCAUGCAGACAGAUCGGAUAUUGGUAUGAAUUAUAA